AUGAAGGCUAUCAAUUUUGCGGUCCUUUUUGUGGGAUCCGCGAGCGCCAUUAUCGAGAGUAUCGACCCGUCUUGCGGGUUCAUUGAUGCAUUUCUUAUCAAUUCUGCGAUCACAGACGCUAUCACGGUUGCCACAGACGCCGGGACCCAAUUGUCGACGUUCACCCCUUUCGCUGCCUCACUUGAUGACCCGCGAGUGGCCAUAUACGAUCCGUUGUUCAACCCUGGGGACCUACAAACAAUCAUCGGCUACCUGAAUUCCAUUAAGAACAUCAAGACCACUGGUUACAAAGUGAGGUUCUAUUGUCAAGGCAGCUCCGGCCGUAUUGAGUGGACAACAGAUCCGGAUACUAACCAGCCGGCCUGGUUCGACACGGACUUCUACCACAAUGCACAACCGGAUCAGAAACGAAGUAUUAGGGUUGGCUCGAUUCCGAACGCAAAGCCCCUGGGAUCCUGGACGAAGAAUGAUCCGACCAUGUUUCUUGGUCUGAUGGAGUGUAAUUUAGGUUGGACAGUCAACGACAAUUUCGACUCCAGCAACCAGGCACAUAUCCAGCUUGCUCAAAAAACGAUCGACGGAACUCGCCUCCAAACCGACAACAGGGACUUUGCAGACGUCCGCUCGGGUGGUCUCUUAACAGGCACCAACUUCAAUGUUCUGGAUUACAUCCGGCCACUGUCGCGCACUAUACUACAUGAGCUUUUCCAUGUCGUGGGAGGGUUGGAUGCGAAUAACAAGCCAAUUGUGAUUGAUGUCCCGAACCCUAAUGCGAGCCCUCCUCGAAACUACGGCACCUUUAACGAAUGCAUGUCGCAGAAAAACGCGCCCGUCUCGACAGUCCGACAGGCCGAAUGCUUGACUAUGCUUGCUGCAGGCCUAUAUCUCGAUCAAAUUCAGGGCAAACCCGCGUUCUGGAGUGUCGGAGUUGUCGAUACGACCACGUUGCAACCCGUGAGUCUGCCUGCCGCGGGCUCAGCUGCGGUCCAAGCUCGGGCCAUGGCGCCAUUUAGGGUUCGGGGUUCAUACUGGGGUUAGGGCUAGGCCUGGGAGUUUAUAUUUUGCUAUAUAGUAACGCUUGUAGCUGGAUAUAAUAUCAAGAUCGCCGUGGCUGCGUCUGC